AUGGCCGCGCCGCAAGCUGCGGAGACUCAAGCCGCUCACGGCGCGGAAGAUCAUUUCGGGCCCGCGGGAAAGCCCAUGCCCUCCUCGUCUCUCUGGCCGCCACACGCUCCCGCCGGCUCCUUCCCUCAACCUUUUGUUUCUAGAGAUUACAUCCACUCUGCACUUCCGCUGCCGCACAGCUACCCUCCCCCAGACUGGGCUGCUGGCGGAGGUAACGACGCAACAGAGCGCGGGAGCGGAGGAGGCGGGGGAGGCGGGCGCAGGUUCAAGCGGCGGUCGUCGCGGCAGUCGGGUCCGCCCGUUCCGCACCCGCUCGGGCUGGACUACGGAGGCCCGGCCCCGCGCGGGUCCCGAAUGCGGCGCCCGGAUAAGCAGGCGCAGGCGCAGGGGCAGGCGCAGGCGCGUCAGCCACGUCAGCCGCGACAGCCGGGGCAGCUCCGGCAGCAGCAGCAGCACAAGAAGAUUUGGAAACGGCGGCGUGCGCCCGGGCCGGGUUUUGCUUCAGCCGCUGCGGCGGCGGCGGCGGAAGUCAACGGUUUGGCGGCGCCGCUGCCGCCAUUGUCGCUGCCGUCUCCGGGAGACGCGGAGGGGAUGUUGGAGGAUGGGGAGUUCCGGCCGCCGCGCCUGCAGGAGCUGAAGCAGCGGAACCGCGUCGGAACGCGGAGGUUCUUCUCUAAGUUUAAACGCCGAUAUCCUCCGUCCUCCCAGCAACAACAGCAGCAGCAGUCCCAUCAGAUGCUUUCUUCUCCGAACCCCCUUUUCGCUAUGCCCAGCGCUCCGCGCAACACAACGUCGUUCAUCAUGCAGGCGCGCGGAGGCGCAGGUCCGCUUACCCCAGCAGGCGCAGGCACAAGCGGAGUUGGCGCCGGCGCUUCCCCCUCCCCCGCGACAACUCCGCGCCUGCUCCCAACCCCCCUGGCGUCUUCUUCCCCCGCGCCGUGGGGAGUGGGUUUGUCGAGUAGUCAGGAUGGAGCAGGGGAAGGCGACAUCCGCGAGUUUAGAGUUAAUCCGUACGGGUCUAUGAACGGAGUGAUUAGACUAAGGACGCCUGACGGAGAGGACGACGACGACGGCGCCGGCGUCUUUGGCGGCGGCGGCGGCGGCGGCGGCGGCGGUGGUAGCGGCGGGAGCGUGGGCGGAGUUGGUGGUUUUUUCCGCAUGGGCGGCGGCGCGUUCGGCGGGGACGACUCGGAGGGGAGCGCGGGAACGGUGGAGAAAGGGCCGUCGCGAUCGACGGGCGGUUCGGGCGACUCGGAGGAGCAGGAGAACACGUCGACAAGCGAGAGCCACGGAGGUGGCGCCGCGGACGGCGAGGGAAGCAGCGGCGGCGGGGGGAGCGUCGGAAAUGGCGCUGCUGGCAGCGGCGGAAGGGGAGGCGGAGCGGGAGAGGGAGGUGAGGUAGGUGAAGGGGGAGGAGGGCGGGAAGCAGCAACGGCUGGGGGCGGCGCAGCAGUGGGCGGGGCGGGGGCGGGGGCGGGGGGGAAUGGAGGGGAGAGGAGGCUUGACUUGGGGCUGCAACGAUUCCAGAUGCUCUACACGGGGGACACCGCGGGAGCCAAUGGGAUGAUGCCACAUCAUCCGGUGAUGGGCAUGGCAGCGCGCGGAUCCAGCGGAGAUUCGUUCCUGCGAGCGAGGAUAGACGAGCAGGAGACGCAGCUAGCACAGCUGGAGGAGGAGAAUCUGACGCUGAGAGAGCGGUUGUACGUGGCAGAGCAGGAGGUGAAGGAGCUGCGGCGGCGCCUGGGCGAGGGGUCAGACGAGCUGGUUGAGAUGGGCGGUGACAACAGCGACGACGAGGCCUCUUGCGCUGCUGCACAUCCUGCUGCCGGGCAGCUGGCAGCAGAUGCACUCUCUCGGUGCACUCUCGUGGCGGUGUGCUUUCCCUGUCCAUCUGUGACUGACUGA